AUGAGGGAUAACGUCAGUGUGAAUAAAGUUUUGUGCCUUUGAAUCACCUCUGUUCUGAAUAUCUGGCUGAUGGCGGCGUUGGUGACUUUGCUGGGCCGGAAGGCUCUCCUGAGGACGGGGGGAGCAUGCUGCGGGCUUAGGGUUUUCAGUCGUGGAAGCCCGGCUUUAUCAAGCGAUAACAAAGACGGUCCUCAAGCCGGUUUCUUUCCUGUUCACCAGAAUGUGAUGCUGCCUCCCGACACUUUCAAAGGAAAAGUCGCCUUCAUCACUGGUGGCGGUACAGGCCUUGGCAAAGGCAUGACUACGGCACUAUCUAGACUUGGAGCUGAAUGCGUUAUAUCUAGCAGGAAAUUGGAUGUGUUGAAGGAUACCGCAGCUGAGAUCUCAGCGGAAACUGGAAAUAAGGUCCAUGCUAUUCAGUGUGAUGUCAGGAAUCCCGAGUCUGUUACAAAAGCUGUUGCUGAGCUGAUUGAGGUGGCGGGACAUCCAAAUGUUGUGAUAAACAAUGCUGCUGGGAACUUCAUUUCUCCUUCGGAAAGACUAUCGGCAAACGCCUGGCGAACAAUCACAGACAUAGUUCUUAAUGGCACAGCUUACGUAACUCUUGAGGUUGGGAGAGAGCUAAUUAAGGCAGGAAAAGGUGCUGCAUUUCUGGCUAUUACUACGAUAUAUGCAGAGAGCGGGUCUGGUUUUGUAGUCCCUAGUGCUUCUGCAAAGGCAGGCGUGGAAGCACUGUGCAAAUCCCUUGCGGCUGAGUGGGGAAGAUAUGGCAUUAGGUUCAAUGUCAUACAGCCUGGGCCCAUAAGAACCAAGGGAGCCUUUAGUCGCCUGGACCCUACUGGAGCCUUUGCGGCUGACAUGAUUAAGCGAAUUCCUUGUGGACGUCUGGGCACAGUUGAAGAACUAGCCAAUCUGGCAGUAUACCUGUGUAGUGACUAUGCUAAUUGGGUGUCCGGGGCAAUCAUAAGAAUGGAUGGUGGUGAAUAUGUCUAUAUGGCUGGAGAAUUUAAUAGUUUGCAGAAGGUAACAAAAGAACAAUGGGACAUGAUGGAAAAAUUAAUCCGGAAAACAAAGGGUUCCUAAGAAAAUUCAGUGCUGAUUCCAGUUUAG